GAGAUGGAGGGUACGGAAAUGAAAGACGUUGCGGCGGAAAAUAUUGUCUUAGAAGAGUCUUCUAAUCAGAGAAAAGAUGAAGGGUUUGAAACCAUUCAUUUAGAAGAAGGUAGAAAGAAGAAAGUGCCAAGAAGAGUGAUACACUUCAGUGAUGGUGUGAUAGAAGAAUACAGUACAGAUGAAGAAGAAGAAGAAGAAAAAGAAGAUAAACCACUCAUAGAUCCUUCAACUCUUACAUGGGGACCUUACUUAUGGUAUUAUACAGUAGCAGCAUCAUUUGGAGCACUAGGAGCAUGUGAGUAUUUGGGUGAAAAGUUAGCUUGGUUUUUUGGCAUCACAUCACCAAAAUACCAGUACGCGAUUGAUGAAUACUAUAGGAAUCUUAGAGAGGAAAAAGAGGAAGCAGAGCAGGCAAAAAGGGAUUGGGAAGAAGAACAAGGGAAUAUAAUAGCAAAGUUGAGUCAAGUUGAAGGCGGUGAUGCUGUUGUGGAUGACGAGAUUGAUAUAACCGCAUAACACCUACACUAUAAUUACAACUGGUUUUGUAAUUUCACUCGCCUCGUAUAUCAACUUUGUCACAAUUCAGAUUCACAACCUUUAUUUAUUAAAAGUUUUUUCAGUUGAUCUUAUUGUUAUGCAAAUGAUAUCUUUCUAUUGACAAGUUUUGUAUAUAAUGAAAUAUUUCCUAAUUUUGAUAUAAAUUAAACAUUGUGAAAUGGUGUUAAAAAAAAAGUCGUAUUUGAAAAUAAUUAAGUUUCCUGAGAAAGAAGACAAAUAUUAAUAUCAUAUUCACUUAGGUAAAUGAGUUGGGUUUUUGCUUAAAAUAUAUAUUU